UGCCCGCCCUUUAGUCAUUGACUAAACGUGCAGCAGUGCGAACACGAACGCGCGCAGAGUCAUUCCGGCUUCGGCUUUACUACAAACUCUAAUAAUUGAUGUUAUCCAGAUAAUACAAGUAUACUUAUUAUCCGUAACGCUUGCAAUAGAUAUCGGUUAGUGUAAUUGUAAUUAAUACAAAACUUUAUCGCUUAUUACGCGGCACGCGCGAAACGAACAGACAAUUUGAAAUAGUGUUUAAAGAGCAAAAGUACAAAAAUAUAAAAUAAAAAUAACGUGAAAUCAAAUUCAAUUUGCAACUACAACGUGCAAACAUUUGAAAUAUGUGCUAAAGUGAAGAAAUAUUAAAAAAAAAAAUAAAUAUAUAUACAUCUUAUAAUAAACACUUGCAAUUAAUAUUCUUGCUGGGAUUAUAAACGUGGAUUAAUCAAGCAAACAAAAUGGUGAACAAACAAUAUACAGCCAACGAUCUGGAGGCUUUUAUGAAAAUCGCCGCCAACUGGCAAAGCACCAAUCACAAUUUGCUGGAGGGUGUCGAUUUAAAGACAGAGAUGACUCAGUAUAUGAACAGUCCGUCGAUGAACAUGUAUAAGAAACGGGAGCGAACACAGAACUGGAAUCAUCAGGAGAAGAAAUACUUGCUGGAUUUGUGCCGCAAGGAUAUGCGCAUCAUUGAGAAUAAACGACUCGAUGCUGGACUUACUGCAGUCAAGAACAAGGCCUGGAAAAUUAUACACCAAAAGUUUUCAAAUCAAUUUGGCACAGAUCGCACCUGCAAUCGUCUCAAGGAACAAUGGCGACGCAUGAAAGCCUGCACACGUAAUGAGAUUCUGGACUAUAAUAAUCGUCUUGCCAGAUUCGGGGCUGAGGUGGCCGAUCGUAAGAAGCCGUCGCCGUUCACCUUUGAGGUUUGGGACUUUAUGCAGGAGGCGAAAAAGGCGUGCAAGUCGGAGGCACUUGAUGGCAUUGACUACUCCAAGAUUCCGUUGGCGCUUGAGGAGGACUUUGAAUAUCGCGAUGACUACAAAUUCAAUGCCGAUGAGCAUGACAUGGAUGACAGCCGCACGCCGCCGCAGGAGCUGUGCGAUGUGGACAUCAAGGAGGAGGAGACUAAUGAGACCUUUAACGAAACGUACAAUAAUCACAGCAAUGAUAUCCACUUAAAUGGCGAACGUCUCAGCGUCUCGCCCAAUCACAGUCGCAACGGUCUGCACGAUGCUGAGAGUCCUGUCGCUGCCGCUGCCGCCGCGCUGGACACGAGUGCCGUUGGAGGCGCCUUUAUGCCACCCACUGGCGGUGAUAUGUCCGGCUUUCAGCCCAGCUUUAACAUGAACAACAUAUCCGCAACGCUGGAGGCACUCAACGCCUUGCGUAGUGGACAAUUCCCAAGUGCAGCGGCCGCAGCAGCAGCUGCCAUACAACAGCAUCAGGCUCAAGCGGUGGCACUGCAACAACAGCAGCAGCAGCAACAGCAACAUAACAACAAUAACAAUAACAAUGAGGAUGAUGAUGAGCUGCCCAAACCAAUGGCCAAGCGCCAGCGCACCAGCAGCAGCAGUCUGGCCAGCGAGGAGCAAGCGACAACGUUGCCACUUCCAUUGUCCACAACAGUGCCACAAUCCACCGAGAGUCAAGCGCUGGAGCGCAGUGUCAGCGGAGUGGGCGUAGGCGUGGUCGGUGGCAGCAACAGCAGCGGCAGCAACAGCAGUGCAACCACAACUGCUGGCAACUCCUUCGAGCUGCGUCUGUUCAUGGAGAUGCAGAGCAAGGAGCACAUGAUGCGCAUGAAGAUACUCGAGGUGCAAUUGCAGGCGGCCAAACAUAGUCGCGAUCUCGUGGAGAUCAACAAGACGCUGGCGCUGCAGAAGCUACAGGAAUUGGCCAGCAAGCGAUUGCCCAGUUAGAGACGCGUUUUUUGGCUUGUUAAUUGCUUGAUUAUCAUCAUAAUCAUCAAAAAUCAUGGAUCAUCAUCGUUUUGGAUCGAUCGUUGUUUUAGUUGUAGACUGUAACUUUGUAGCACUUAGCACAUACAUAUAUAUAUAUAAAUAUAUAUAUAUAUAGCACAUAGGGCGUAGCUAAAGUUAAAGUUUAGACUAAGUAUAUGAUUUUGUAAACAAAAACAAAAACAGACACAGAUACACACACACACACAAACAGUUACAAUUGAGCUGCAUUCACAACAUUCCUGGCAUUGUUUUUGACCAGUAUUUAAAAGCUAGAAGCAUAUAUAAACACACACCUCCACACACACACACACACACACACACACAUAGAUUGGCAGCUCUUUUCAAUUGCAGCUGCAAAGGCGCACAAAAGUAUGCCAUAUUAUUUUAAAAUUAUUCAAAGCACUUCUCCCCCUUUCACACACACACACACACACUCAGCAGCCCAUGCAUACAGCCUACCUCACACACAUACACAACACCCACACAUAGCUGUUGUGUUGGGGGAGAGUGGCAAAAGUAGGCGUAUUUUGGGGCUCUGCACUUGACCAAGUCAAGUGAAUUUUUGAAUACGCCCGCGCCUGCAUUAAAGUUUUUAGUUUGUACUUAGUUCUAGUUGUAUUUGUAGUUGUAUUUGUACUUGUAACUCUUCUCCAAGUUGCUCAAAUGUACACACACACACACGCACACACACAUACACUGACACAAACUACUUACCACAAAUGUAUUUUAAAAUGUACUUAUACUUAUUUUUGACUUCAGUUCGACUAACGAAAUGCACAAUAUCUUUUUAUCUUUAUCUUAUUGUAGACCUAAGUUACUCACACACACACACACA